AUGAAUUGCGGCGGUCAUCCUUCCCUUUCCAAAGUCGUCAAUGCUGGAUGGGCGAAAUCAGGAUUCAUGCCUACAGCAAUCUACAGCAAUUGUUCUGCCAAGCAUGUUGGCAUGCUAGCUGCCGCGAAGGCUCUUGGUGUCGGCACGAAGGAUUACAAUGACCCAUCGCAUACUGUUCAAUUGAGGAUCAAACAGGUACAUGAGCAGCUCGCUGAUCUAAAACCUGAGGAGAUUCGCUGGGUCAUCGAUGGGUGCAAUGCGCCUUCACCAGCACUACCUCUGAACAGUAUGGCAUUGAUGUACGCGAAACUCGCACAUGCCGCGGACGAACAAGACAACGUCUUCAACGAUUCCACUUCUGGACCAUCGAUACGAAAUCAAGCACGGAUUUAUCACGCAAUGAUAACACACCCAGACAUGAUUGCUGGAGACUCUCGUUUCUGUACCGACUUCAUGCGUCUCUUCUCCGGAGCUUUGGUGGGCAAGCUAGGCGCAGAAGGCUGCUAUGGCGUUGGCAUUCGAGAUUGCCAGGCUACAAGACGUCUGGNNGGAGCCAAGGGUGGGCUGGGCAUCGCCGUCAAGAUCGAAGAUGGCAACAUCGACAUGCUGUAUGUGGCAUUGAUGGAGAUAUUUACUCGAUUGAAUAUUGGCACGGAGCAGAUCAGGGAUGAGUUGAAGAGAUCUUAUUGCACGAUGCCAAAGAACACUAUGGGUGUUGUGACAGGGUAUACCUCUUUCAAGAUGGACCUCAAGAAACACAACUAG